GUCAAAAAUCCGCCGAACAAGUGCGAAAUCCCGGAAUGAAAACAACCCGCGACGCAGUGGAUUCUGGGACUUAUUCAAGAUGGCGGCCACCUUGUGCCGCAAUGUUAUAAGAACUUUACGGAAUUCUGCGAAACGUGGAGCUCUCACCAACUCGCAGAUAGGAUUUCGCAGUGUUUAUAGCGAUGAAGCACACGAGAAGCAAACACACUUUGGUUUUGAGACUGUUACAGAACAAGAAAAGACGGAGAAAGUUUAUCAUGUGUUUGAGAAUGUUGCCACAUCAUAUGACGUGAUGAAUGACUUGAUGAGUUUUGGGAUUCACCGUCUAUGGAAGGACAGGUUUAUAUCAGUCAUGAACCCAGCACCCGGCACAAAGCUACUAGAUGUGGCAGGGGGAACAGGUGAUAUUGCAUUCAGAUUCCUAAAUCAUACCAAGAAAAAGGCGAAACAGAAAAAGGAAACGGAAAAUUUGUCAUCUCAUGUCACUGUGUGUGACAUCAAUAAAUAUAUGUUACGCAUUGGGAAAAAGAAAGGACAAACAUUGAAUCUAAAAAAAGGUAUAUCCUGGGUGGCUGGAGAUGCCCAGUCUUUGCCAUUUGCUGAUGAUUCUUUUGAUGCCUACACUAUUGCAUUUGGCAUAAGGAAUGUUACAAGAAUUCAAGAGGCGUUGUAUGAAGCAUUCAGGGUGCUGUCUCCAGGAGGCCGAUUUCUUUGUCUUGAGUUCAGCCAAGUCACAAACCCAGUGCUAGCAAGGUUAUAUGACGGUUUCUCCUUCAAUGUGAUCCCUGUCAUGGGUCACGUGGUUGCCAGUGACUGGAAUUCAUAUCAGUAUCUGGUAGAGAGCAUAAGACAGUUCCCCAAUCAGGAGGAAUUUAAAGGCAUGAUUGAAGAUGCAGGUUUUCGCAAUGUUACCUAUGAGAACUUAAGCUCAGGCAUAGCAGCCAUCCACUCUGGUUUCAAAUUAUGAUAGUGGAUUCAGACCUGGAAUAACCCGUCUUACAUUUUAGUACCUAACAAAACAAGAAGGAUAAAGACAGAACAUAUUGACAAAUAUUAGAAAACGAUUUUGGUACAGUAAAAAUAGUACCUUGCUGCUCACAGACAUUUCCCGACAGGCCUUGCUCCCGGUCAUCGGCAUUUCCUAGUAGCGCUUUCGGAUAUUCGGCGGUACAAGAACAUCUGGAACAGGGUAGAUAAAUAGCCUGGGGGAGCGGAGGGGGGGGUGGACUUCGAGAAAAUAGACGGGGGUGCUCGACAGCAAAAUCAAUUUAAUCCUAAGGGCGUGGUCAACAACGGAAAAAUCGGGAAAAUCCUAAAACACCCCCUAAGAGAUAGCAGUUGGUAAGAAUUUUAUACCCUAAAAGAUUGGUUGAGCACCCCCAUCUACUUUUCUAGAGUCCCCUCCGCCCCCGGGAUAAAUAGCCAUGGCAUUGUUAAAUAAAACACAAUUUAAAUUACA